CAGAUUUUGAGUAUAUUUAUUAUAGGGAUCAGAAUAUUCGGCGUUUCUUCAUGAUGUUGUUUAUUUGUAUCUUCUUGUUCUGAAUGAGACUCUCGCCAAUAACGAGAAUCCGCGGAACGGAACGCUCAUGUUUGAAAGAGCCAAGGGCAAAACGUUUCGAGGUAUGACAGGAAAUGUCAAAGUUGACGACAAUGGCGACAGGGAACCAGAUUAUUGGGUCUGGGAUCUGGUACCCGGUGCAACAGAAUUUCAUGUCGCAAUGGAAAUAUCCCUGACUUCUGUAGAUAGUGAGAAAAUUCAGAUUCUUAAAGAAAUUGUAUGGGAAACAACAGGUGGUAAAGCUCCGCCUUCCACUCCAACAUGUGGGUUCUUAAAUGAGAACUGCCCACCUGAAAAAUCAAAUAUGGUAUUAAUAAUUUCUAUUUUUACUGUCGUCGCCAUUGUCCUAGGUUCAGCUGCAAGUGUCACAGGCUACCUCUGGUACAGGUUUGUACAUGGCGACUCAUUAUCAGCAAAAUCUACAUUUCUUGAACUUCAGUUGACAAUAUUUGUUUGUUUGUUUCAUUUUACGCCUUUUUCCCAACAGUAUUUCAGUCAUAUAGGCGGGUAGUUUCCUAACCAUCUUUCCUGGAGAGUUACACCAGUACUAGACUCCCUUCCUCCGCGCUAAACUACCAAAGCAUCUCCCGGGGAUCGAACCCAUGCCAGAGAGGUAAAUGGUUUAGAAGUCAUCGACUCUAACCCCUCGACCACGGAGGCGGUUUUCAGUUGACAAACUUUUAUCAAAAUUUCAUAAUACUAUAUAUUGUCAAAUCUACAUUAUAUAAUCUCCCACUGUCAAACAUUUUAAGCUACA